UCGUGCUCGCUGCGCAAUUGGAAAAUCGUCUGCCAAAACAUAAUAAUAAAUAGAUAAAAUAUAAAAAACAUUGCGCUAAUUUGGCAGACUUACUAAAUUUAAAUUACCAUAUUGAGCAAAACAUUUGAAUGGGCUGCUUAACUUUUGGCGGCAAGCAAGAACUUCUUCAUCUUCUGUUUUUGCCAUUAACAUAUUUAGUUGCGCGAAUGGCUCUAUAAACUGUUGAUUGCAGUUUUGCUCGGAGAUAAGGAAAGAAGCGCUGCACAUCAUGUUGCAAUGCGUCUGUUGCAAAUGUGGAGCGCUCGAUUGCAACGCCAAUUCGACUUUAUGCCUCGCCUUCGCGGGAGCCCAUCAGGAUCAUUGUUUUUGUUGUGCGCAGCCACCUCGCAUGAAAUGCAUUCACUGCAAUAUGUGGCGUGAGUUGUCGCCAAUGGAGGCGCACGGACCCUGUGUUGGCGGCUCUUUGCAUGUAUUUGUGUAUUCGGAAAUAUGGCCGCCGUUUCCCGAAAAUACACCAUUAUCGCCGCUGCGCGCUAUGCCUAGCACGGAUGGCGAUACAGAGCAUAUGUAUCGGGCCCCUGACUCACCAGCACAGUCAAAGGAAAGCCUCAACGACAUCGAGCGCGAACCAUAUGCGGUUGCAGAAGACAACGUCAACAUCAACAGUCCGGUGUCUAUCAUAGAUCUGGCCGACGACGAUCAAGAGGGGCAGCAGGAAGCGGAUACAAUGUCCGACGUGGACAUCAAGCCAAAGCUGGCGGUGAAAUGUGAUUGGGUGAACAUAACCGAUAUACUGAAGUGGACAAAUUGCACUCGCUGCGGAUUGGUGCGCAUCCAAAAGAGAGGCUGGCUGCGGCAUGUGCAGUCGUGCGCACAAGAUCCGAAAUACAGAUCCAAUAAAUUGUUUAUACACCUGCACACAAAGGCCUGGUGCGGCAUGCUGGUGCGAGACAUUUACUGGGACAAGCACACGCAUCCCGAGAAUGGAACAUGUGAUAUGUGCCGUCUAAGCCGCAUGAAUAAUGUACCUUUGCCAUAUCAACCAAAGCCGCCGCCACGCAAGAACGAGACCACGUUGGAGAGAAGUCGACGAUCUCGUAUGAUAAUUAGCCGUAGGAAACGUAGACAGACAAUUGCCUUAGAUACGUUUAUACACAAUGCAGGCGGCACGGACUCCAUGCAAAUUGUUGACUGCUCUUCGCUUCGUCAAAUCUAAGACCGCCAGAUUAAGGACUAUAAGGACCUCUAAGGACCUCCACGAGUGACAAAGCAGAUCUUUUAAGGAUCGGACUUAAUUAAGGCCAGAUUUAGUUAAUUUAAGUUUAAAUAAGCUAAAAUUAUAAAUUAUGCUCGUUUUGUA